UCUCGGUUCUGUGAAAAAAGGGUCCGAACAAAUUGACGACUAAGAUCAAAUGCGUCAUUUCAACGGCUGAGAUCGAGUUUGCAACUAGCCUUCCUAUUUUAGGCUUCGAGAUCUUUCUGGUAGGGUGAAAUCGCUUUGAACACUGUUGCUCGUUGAAAUCGGAAGCUUGGAUCUGCGCGAACCGAUCGGAGACAAUGGCGGAAGAGCAAAAGCACGAGGAGACUGCGGCGGCUCCGGAACCGGCGGUGGAAGUCCUGGAGAGGGAAUCGUUGUUGGACAAGAUAUCGGAGAAGAUCCACCACGGCGGAGAUUCGUCGUCAUCGUCGGAUGACGAGGACGAGAAGAAGGCUUCGUCUCUAUCAUCCCUCCAGGCUAAGGUUUACCGCUUGUUCGGGAGGGAGAAGCCCGUUCAUAAGGUUCUCGGCGGCGGAAAACCGGCUGAUAUAUUCAUGUGGAGGAACAAGAAGAUGUCAGGCGGUGUACUCGGCGGUAUAACAGCUGUCUGGGUGCUGUUCGAAUUGAUGCAAUAUCACCUUCUCACUCUGUUUUGCCACAUCUUGAUCGUUGUCUUGGCUGUGUUGUUCCUAUGGUCUAAUGCGAGCAUUUUCAUUAACAAGUCCCCUCCAAAGAUUCCGGAAGUUCACAUCCCCGAAGAACAUAUUCUCCAGCUUGCUUCUGGCCUCAGAAUUGAGAUAAACCGUGCAUUCACUUGUCUGCGAGACAUUGCAUCCGGGAGAGAUCUGAAGAAAUUCCUCUCUGCUAUUGCCGGCUUGUGGGUACUGUCGGUUAUUGGGAGCUGGUGCAAUUUCUUGACAUUGUCCUAUAUAGCAAUGGUGAUGCUUUUCACAGUACCUGUGAUGUACGAGAAGUACGAAGACAAGGUGGAUGCAUUUGGGGAGAAAGCCAUGGUGGAGAUCAAGAAGCAGUAUGCAGUGUUGGACGAGAAGGUAUUCAGCAAGAUCCCCAGGGGACCGUUGAAAGACAAGAAGAAGGAUUAAGUUGUCUUACUCUCCGGACACACACACACACAGAUACUCUGAUUUUUUUUUGUUGGGAAAAGUGUUGUUUGUGAAAUGGUGGCGCAGUUAUAUCAGGUAGAUGAUACAUCCCCCCCCC